ACAACAACUGCUUCAACUACAACUACAGCAGCUACAACUACAACAACAGCUGCUCCAACCAAACCAAAGACUACUCCAACAACACCAACUACUCUUGUGACGACUACAACUACAACAACUAAAGCUCCUCCUCCAGUGUUUGUUGUUGCAGCAACUGUGGUUGAACCAUUUGUUGAAGAGCUAAAUGACAGACAUAGUGUGCAGUUCAAAGCUCUUGAAGUAAAAGUGAUAGCAGUGUAUGAUAUCAUCUACAGCGCAAGAUAUGGAAUUCUCUUCAUCCGGAGUUUUAUCAUUUCCUUCAAACCAGCCUUCAGCAGAUUUCGAAUGAAUGGUACUCAAGCAGAGGUGGGCGUAGAGUUCAAUAAAUCCACACCAGCUGAGACAAUCCCAAAGGCUGAAGAUGUUCAAGCAACACUGAAGGAGGCUGUGAAUAACCCCAACUCCACUUUGAAUGUCACAUUCGACGUGAAUUCCAUUCAAAUAAUAAGUGUACCUGCAACUUCAGCCCCAGUAGUUUUGCAAAAUACAACAACUACAACUAAUGAAACUGCUGCAAACAUCACUACCGGAGUAACAACAACAACGCCUGGAACGUCAACUGCCAGCAAUGCAACAACUACAACUAAUGGAACUGCUGCUAACAUCACUACCGGAGUAGCAACAACAAAGCCUGGAACGUCAACUGCCAGCAAUGCAACAACUACAACUAAUGAAACUACUGCAAACAUCACUACCGGAGUAACAACAAAACCUGGAACGUCAACUGCCAGCAAUGCAACAACUACAACUAAUGGAACUGCUGCUAACAUCACUACCGGAGUAACAACAAAACCUGGAACGUCAACUGCCAGCAAUGCAACAACCACAACUACAGCGGCUCCAACAACAAUAACAAUUGCUUCAACUACAACAACAGCUGCUCCAACCAAACCAAAGACUACUCCAACAACACCAACUACUCUUGUGACAACUACAACUACAACAACUGAAGCUCCUCCUCCAGUGUUUGUUGUUGCAGCAACUGUGGUUGAACCAUUUGUUGAAGAGCUAAAUGACAGACAUAGUGUGCAGUUCAAAGCUCUUGAAGUAAAAGUGAUAGCAGUGUAUGAUAUCAUCUACAGGUCAAGAUAUGGAAUUCUCUUCAUCCGGAGUUUUAUCAUUUCCUUCAAACCAGCCUUCACCAGAUUUCGAAUGAAUGGUACUCAAGCAGAGGUGGGCGUAGAGUUCAAUAAAUCCACACCAGCUGAGACAAUCCCAAAGGCUGAAGAUGUUCAAGCAACACUGAAGGAGGCUGUGAAUAACCCCAACUCCACUUUGAAUGUCACAUUCGACGUGAAUUCCAUUCAAAUAAUAAGUGUACCUGCAACUUCAGCCCCAAUAGUUUUGCAAAAUACAACAACUACAACUAAUGAAACUGCUGCCAACAUCACUACCGGAGUGGCAACGACAACGCCUGGAACGUCAACUGCCAGCAAUGCAACAACUACAACUAAUGGAACUGCUGCUAACAUCACUACCGGAGUAGCAACAACAAAGCCUGGAACGUCAACUGCCAGCAAUGCAACAACUACAGCAGUUACAACCAUUACAACAAAAACCACAACUGUGGUGCAAACAGUAAGGCAGCUGACCUUUAGGUCUCCCGGAGAGACCUUUACAACUGAUUUGCUCGACUCAACCUCAACAGCAUUUAAAAACCGAGCUUCACUUUUAAAGUCAACUCUUGAACCAUUCUACAAGCAAUCAUUUUCUUCAUUCAGUGAUCUAACAGUGAAGUCUUUCAGAAGCGGCUCAAUCAUCAAUGAAAUGGAGCUUCGAUUUGUAUCUGCAUCUGCUCCUACUGGCUCCGAAAUUGCACAAGUUUUGGUCAAGGUGGCUUCAAACAUCACUGCCUUCACCGUUGAUGCUGCUAGUAUUUUCGUCGAUGGCACACAAGUGUCAAGUGGAGUAAGCCACAAGAUCAGUCUCAUCAUGGCUUUCUGCAUGGUCCUGUUGUCACGGAUGCUGUCAAGCCAACACUAACAUCUCUGCUAAUUUCUAGUGGAUGAUCUGCUUAAAAAUUAUUCUAAGUGGAAACCACCCAAGACAUCAUGAGAGGGCAUUUUGUUUAAGAGAUAUAAUUAGUCAACAUUUUCCAAGCAUGUUUCAGCAAAUCAUCAGUCAAAAACUUAAAUGCUGGUAAAACCACAUUUAUUAUUUGUACUACUUGUGAAGAUGUUAGUAGGAUAUUGUUACUUUGGCAGCAAAAUCCUGGAUCCAGUCUAUGAAGAAAACAACUUGUGUACUUCCUGCAUCUAUUGAGAGAGUUAUUUAUGUUGUCUAAAGAAGUGAUGUAGGAUUUUAAACUUUUUCUCUCAAAGUAACUGCAAUUUAUUCUUAUACAAAGUUUAAUUAUUGUGUUCAUUAUUUAUAUAUACAUAUAUUUGAAAUACUAAUGAAGGAAUUGCCUGAAUGACUGAUGAGUGGGUGACACAAUUUAUGCCAGAAUCCUCUAUAAAUGAAUGUUGUGGGAUAAAAGAAAUGUAGAACGUCUGAAACCUUUGUGAUUAUUUAGUUUUUCUUUUCAAUAUAAACAUAUCAAUGAGAUCGAUUGUUUCUGUAUUCAGUAUGCUCUUAAGUGUUAUGCAACCUUAUUUCCGUGUAACUAAUGAAGAAAUGUAAUUAUAUACAAUAUGAACAUUAAAUUACAUUCAUAUGAGAUUAUUGCAAUAUUUAUCUUUAGGGUGAAAGAUGUGUUAAAGGGCAUAAAAUGCAAUGCAGCUGUUUCCAAUAAAGAAAUUAAUAUGUAAAAGUAUUGCUUCUGUUAUAUUCUGAGCAAUAAAUACACCACUGAGCAGUUACUCAUUGGGCUGAGUGACAUAGCUGAAAAAUAAAAUCUCAGAUUUUUUUCAUACUAAA